AUGGAUCACCGACCGCAAGCAUGGGGCAGGCCCAGAGAUGACAUUUACGGUGCAUACGACGCCUCAUUCAUGAAUAGAAACGGCCCUACGACACACACCCAGCAGCCUAUCGUCACAGGAACGUCCGUCAUUGCCAUCAAGUUCAAAGACGGUGUCGUCAUGGCAGCCGACAAUCUGGCGUCGUACGGCUCUCUCGCCCGCUUCACUGACGUCAAACGUCUCCGCCCCUUUGCCGAUGCCUCAGUCGUUGGCUUCAGCGGCGACAUCUCGGACAUGCAGUACCUCGACCGCCAUCUAACCGACCUCGCCCUCACGGAGGCCUACGAUUCCCCUGACUCGGCGCGCCUCAACGCCUCCAAUUUGCACCGCUACCUCUCCAAGCUCCUCUACCGCCGACGCUCCAAGUUCGACCCUCUGUGGAACCACCUCCUCGUAGCAGGCCUCGACGACAAGGGCACUCCAUUCCUCGCUGCGGCAGAUUUGCUCGGAACAACGUAUUCCGCACCCAGCCUUGCUACAGGUUUCGGUGCCAUGCUCGCUCAGCCAGUGAUGCGACGUUACGCUCCCGAUGAGGAGUCCGCGGCAAAGCUGACUCGCGAGGAAGCUGUGGAUAUCAUCAAGGAGUGCAUGAAGGUUCUAUUCUACAGAGAUGCCAGAAGUCUUGACAGUUACUCACUGGCUAUUGUUACCAAGGACGGUGUGGAGCUCAGGGAGAAUCAGAAGCUGGAGGAUCAGAGCUGGGCGUUUGCUGAGAGAAUCAGGGGAUAUGGAACACAGACCGUUUGA